AUGUCUUCGAUGAACAGGCUUCUUGGAGUGGCAUACGUGUUAUUUGCGCUGGACUGGGAAGCGGUGUACGGGCAGCUCUCCUACUCCAUAUCAGAGGAGGUGAAUCCGGGGACUUCUGUUGGAAAUAUAGCCAAGGAUCUAAACCUCAAUGUCGACGAUCUGGAGUCUCGUAUGUUUCAGAUUGUGACCGGAUCAAAAAGAAAAAAUUUCGAGGUAAACCUUAAGACUGGUGUUCUUUAUGUGAGUGAGAGAAUAGACCGAGAGGAGCUCUGCGCGAAGGCAACGAAAUGCACAGUGAGCGUAGAGGCUGUGAUAAAUAUCCCUUUGAAGCUGUAUCGUUUAGAAAUACAUAUCCUGGAUGUCAAUGACAAUUAUCCGUCUUUCAGUGCCAAAUCGCAAAGUAUCGAAAUAGCAGAGAACACACUACCUGGGACUACAUUUCUUGUGCUGUCGGCUUAUGAUGCCGAUGUCGGAAAAAACGGUAUCAAUACUUACAAGCUAAAUCAAAAUGAACAUUUUUCGUUAUCUGUAAACAAAGGAGAUAGCGUUUCUGCUGAGAUAGUGCUCCAAAAACCUUUGGACCGAGAAAAACGGACUGUAAUUAAUCUCACAUUGACUGCAGUAGACGGAGGGACAUCUCCAAAAUCCGGAACAUCACAGAUAAUAAUAAAUGUCUUAGACGUUAAUGAUAACGUCCCAAUAUUUACCAAAACAUUACAUAAAACAAGUAUUACUGAAAAUAUACCGCGGGGUGCAUCAGUCAUUACUCUAAGGGCAACAGACGCGGAUGAAGGCCCAAACGGGGAGAUUUCAUAUUCACUGAGCAGCAAAGAUCAAGACCAUAUUUUAGACAUAUUUCAAAUUGAUGAGCACACCGGCAUAUUGACAGUGAAGGGAAAGAUUGACUUUGAAGAGCACCCGGCUUUUGAAAUCCGUGUGCAAGCUAGUGACAAAGGCUCUCCUCCAAUGGCAGCACAGUGCAAAGUACUAAUAGAGGUGUUGGAUUUAAAUGACAACACUCCUCAAAUAACUAUUACAUCAUUAAUAAAUAGAGUGAAAGAAGAUGCCAAAAUAGGGACUGCUGUUGCACUUGUGUCUGUCCUGGACAGAGAUGGAGGUGAAAAUGCAGUAGUUAAUUGUGCUAUUCAAAAUGGCAGCCCCUUUAAAUUGGAAACGAAUUAUAAAAACUAUUACUCUUUGGUGGUAGACGGUGAGCUCGACAGGGAGAUCGCUUCACAUUAUAAUGUCACCAUCACAGCUACAGACGACGGAAUCCCUGCUCUCACGAGCACCAGUAAGCUUACGGUUUAUAUUUCCGACGUCAAUGACAACUCGCCCCGUUUUUCAGACACGUUGGUCAAUGUUUAUUUAAAAGAGAAUAGUCCGGUUGGAGAAGUUCUAAAACGAGUAUCUGCAGUUGAUGCUGACAUCGAUCAAAACAGUCAGGUGAGCUUUUCGAUUAUCGAAAGUAACAGUAACUCAUUGCCUCUCUCAACAAUGGUGAACAUAAACUCAGAGACAGGAGACAUCGUCAGUCUGCAGUCGUUUAACUACGAGGAGCUAAACACCUUUCAGUUCAAAGUCCAGGCCACAGACUCUGGUGUUCCUCCGCUCAGCAGCAACGUGACUGUGAACGUGUUAGUCCUGGAUGAGAACGACAACAGUCCCACGAUCCUCGCGCCCUAUUCUGAGCACGGCUCCGUUAACAGUGAGAGCAUCCCCUAUUCUGCUGAAGCGGGAUACUUUGUGGCAAAGAUCAGGGCUGUAGACGCAGACUCUGGAUACAACGCGCUGCUUUCUUACCACCUGUCUGAGCCCAAAGGAAACAACCUCUUCCGGAUCGGAACCAGCACCGGAGAGAUCAGGACUAAGAGGAGAAUGAGUGACAACGACCUGAAAGCUCACCCCUUGGUGGUGAUGGUUUCUGAUAACGGAGAACCCUCCCUGUCCGCUACUGUGACUAUUGACGUGGUGGUGGUUGAAAGCACAGCUGACAUCCAGACUCAGUUCAGACAUGUGCCCAUAAAGGAGGACAGCUUCUCUGACUUGAACCUGUACCUGCUGAUCGGCAUCGUGUCGGUGUCGGUGAUCUUUCUGCUGAGCCUCAUCAGUUUAAUAGCUGUCAAAUGCCACAGGACCGACGGCAGCUUCAGCAGGUACAGCGCCCCCAUGAUCACCACCCACCCUGACGGGAGCUGGUCUUACUCCAAGUCGACUCAGCAGUAUGACGUGUGCUUCAGCUCAGACACGCUGAAGAGUGACGUGGUGGUUUUCCCACCACAGUUUCCUCCUGUGGAUGGUGAACUGAUCAGUAUUAAUGGAGGAGAUAUUUAUACAACACAGACUUUACCCAACAAAGACAAGCAGCCGGUCGUUGCAGCAGCUCCAGGUGUGGAUACAGUAGACAGCCACCUAGCAGCUCUCUUUCCGUCCCGGCAGCGCAGCGGCGUGCCAUUGUCUGCUGCAGGUACAGUCAGGAGCAACUGUGCACCUGCACCCCGCUAUCAAGCGCAGCAGCACUUGCGCAUGGACAUCAAAAGGCAUGAGGAGAAAAAGCUGGCUAGUUCACCCCUACGACACUAG